AUGUACUCCUUUUUUGGGGAAGAUACUAAAGAAGAAGAAAAGCUGCUGCAAACAAUUUUAAAAAGUAAGGAUGACGAAUUACCUGACAUUGUCAAAGAAAUUACAACCUCCCAUUUAGUCCAACGUUUGAAGAAAAAGGAAGAGGGAAGUGUUAAGAGUGAAAGCACUGAUAUAUUUCCUAUUAAAAACGAAAAUAGUAGUGUUACUAAUAGUGAAAUGGAGGUGAUAACAAAUAAGAAUAAGAUUAAGAAAAAGGAUUAUGGGAUGGGGCAGGAUCACAGGAAAGACGACCCCCACACAUCUGACGAAUUAUUGAACGUCUAUUUGAACACUAACAUUUUUUCGUUUCACAUAAAGAGAAAUGGCAAAAUUAAUGCGGAUGUUUUCUUUCUGCCAUAUAAGAGUAAAGAUAAUAAAGAUAUGAUUACUGAGUAUACGUAUAAUUAUGACUAUUACGAUAUUUAUCCAAAAAAUAUUGAAAUGACGAAUAAGUGCUUUCAUGCUAAUAAGCGUAAAUUAGAACAAAGCGACGAAUUGUUACCUGCAAAUAAAAAAGUGAGAGUAAAGCAAGAGGUAGUUGAAGGUGAGGAGGGGAAAGAAGAGCGCCAUGAAACUGACGAUAUGCUUAAUAGUUCAAAAAAAAAUAAUGAACAUGAAAAUACAAAUUUUCAAAAAUUUUUGGUACACUUCAGGGGGAGAUUAUUUAUUGGCAAUAAUGUUAAGUACGCCUUUUUUAAGACAAAAACGUAUUUAGCUACAAUACAGAAUUGGGAAGCGGCGAAACGGGAGGGUGAAGUAGUAGAACGGGAGGACGAAGAAGGGGAACUGUUGUAUGCUAAUAAGAAGAUACAGACUUAUAACUUAAUUAAUGAUGCCACAUACUGGAAGCAGGAUGAAUAUCCUGAUAUAUCGGAUCAAAAUAUUCAAAAACUUCUCUUUUUUCUGAUUGUACCACCUCUAAAGAGUUAUAGUGAAGGAGAACAAACGGAUCAUGAUGUCGUUUUUUAG